AUGCAAGCCGGUAUCCGCUCUCGUCCCGAACUGGUCAGCGGCGUACCCGAGGAUCUGGUCGCUGCGCUGGAUCUCAUCGAGCAAUCCUUCAACGUCGAUAAAUUCUCGUUGAAGAGAAUCACCGAUCAUUUCGCUGCAGAACUGGAAAAAGGUCUGACCGCGGAAGGGGGCGAUAUCCCAAUGUACGUGACCUGGGUCAUGGGCUAUCCAACAGGUAAGGAGGAAGGGAGAUUCCUGAUCCUGGAUUUGGGAGGCACCAAAUUGCGCAUCAUGGAUGCGCGGCUCAUUGGCGACGGAGGCGGCAUGGACAUGACCCAGCAGAGGUUCACAGUACCCGACAAUAUCAAAGUUGGCAUGGCCGAUGAUCUAUGGGAUUACGUCGCCCAGUGCGUGCAAAUCUUCCUUGAAACCCAUCCCUGGAAUGAUGAACGGUCGGAUCCAUUGCCGCUGGCCUUCGCAUUUUCCUAUCCGAUAGUCCAGUCCUCCGUCAAAAGCGGAGUGCUCCAGCGCUGGACCAAAGACUUCAGUGUUUCUGGUGUGGAAGGCCAUGAUGUCGUGGCUCAGUUGGAGUCGGCAUUGGAAAGAAAGAAAAUUCCCGUGAAAGUCGCGGCUUUGACCAACGAUGCGACGGGUACGCUCAUUGCCUCGGCCUAUCAAGACAAAGAGGUCAAAAUCGGCUGUAUCUCCAGUACGGGCUGCAAUGCCGCGUACAUGGAGGCGAUUGGGUCGAUCCCGAAAACCAAAGACUGCGGAGUGCCGGACGAUGCCCUCGUCGCGAUCAAUACCGAAUACGGGGCCUUUGACAACACACGCCGCGUUCUCCCGCGGACGGAAUACGACAAGAGGCUCGACCGGGGGUCCGCGCAUCCCGGCGAGCAACAGUUUGAAAAGAUGGUCGCCGGUCUCUAUCUCGGAGAGCUGAUCCGACUGGUCAUCCUGGAGCUGUACAACUCCCAACUAUUGUUCGUAGGCCAGAAUCUGGGCUGGCUAGCGGAGCCGCGCACCAUCGAUACUUCUUUCCUCUCGGUCCUGGAAGAGGAUAUCUCCGAGUCCAUGGACGACAUCCGUAAGGCCUUGUGGAGCAUGGGCAUUAAUGCUGCGCCGCACGAGCUCAAGGUCUGUCGGUAUCUGGCCGAGUUGGUUGGCACGCGAGUGGCCCGUCUGUUUGCCUGCGGAACCGCCGCCAUCUGCAAGAAACAGGGCAUCGAGCGUUGCCAUGUCGGCGUGGAUGGCUCGGUCUUCAGCCACUAUGCCAGCUAUGGAAAGCGAGCAACCCAGGCUCUUCGGGAGAUUUUCGACACGCCCGCCGGCAGUGAGGAUCCCAUCCAGUAUAAGUACUACCCGGACGGAUCUGGCGUCGGCGCGGCUUUGAUUGCCGCGCUAGCUGUGGAGCGAUCAGACGGGGUGCUGCUGAUGAGAAGAUAG